UCUACCUCGAGAUGACCAUGGGACGUAAAGUCAAUAAAUGCAUGGUUCGACAUCAGCAUAACGAGGAGUGCAACGACCUGAUUACGAUGGAGAAACGCAUCCAGUUCCCCAUCGAAAUGUCCAUGCCUUGGAUCCUCACGGACCACAUCCUCAAGAGCAAAGAGCCUGCUAUGAUGGAAUACGUUCUUUACCCACUCGAUCUAUACAACGACAGCGCGCAAUACGCUCUUACCGUGUUCAAGAAGCAAUUCCUCUACGACGAAGUUGAGGCCGAGGUCAACUUGUGCUUCGAUCAGUUCGUGUACAAGCUCUCCGAGCAAGUGUACGCGCAUUACAAGCAGUUGGCCGCGAGCAUGCUGCUGGACAAGCGGUACCGCGCGGAGUGCGCGGCGCGCGGCGCCAGCACCAGCCCGGGCGCCGGCCGCUACGCCUCGCUGCUGCGCCAGCGCCACGUCAGCCUGCUGGGCCGCCACGUCGACCUGUGCGCGCUGGUCGCGCAGCGUAUUAACGCAGACACGCAUCGUGCAUUGGACGCUGCCGUUGCCAAGUUCGAGGCCGGGGACAUCACCGGCGUCAUCGAGCUCGAGGGCCUAAUAGCUGUGAACCGGCUGUGCCACAAGCUGCUCUCUCGCUACCUGACCCUCGACGACUUCGAAGCCACUCUCAAGGAGUCCGACCAUGGCGUAUUGGCUCCUUACGGCAGAAUCACUUUGCAUGUCUUCUGGGAACUCAACUACGAUCUGCUGCCUUCAUAUUGUUAUAACGCUGCGACUGCCAGGUUCGUGAAAUGUCGCGGCCUCCAGUUCGCGCCGAACGUGUCCCGCGAGAGGCCCCCGCAGUGUGGCCACGCGCUGCUCUGGGGCUCCAAGCAACUGUCGCUGGCGUACUCUGCCCAGUACGCGCAGUACAACGGUUUCGUCGGUCCCCAGCACCUUCACGCUCUAGUCCGUCUAUUGGGCUACCAGGGGGUUGCUGUGGUAGUCGGCGAGCUGCUCGGGGUAGCCAGAGGGCUAUUGCACGGUACGCUGGCGCAGUUCACACGCGCGCUGCAACAGGCCAUGCCCAGGCAGUGUAAGCUGCCUAGAUACGAUUAUGGGUCCAAUGGUGUGCUGGGCUACUAUCACGCACAGCUGACGGACAUCAUCCAGUACCCUGACGCACGCACGGAGCUGUUCCACGCCUUCCGGGAGCUGGGGAACAUCAUUCUCUUCUGCAUGCUCAUCGAGCAGGCGCUGAGUCAAGAGGAAGUGACAGACUUGCUCCACGCUGCUCCCUUCCAGAACAUUCUUCCAAGACCUUACGCAGCAGAAGGAGAAAAACCUGAGACGAAACAGAAGCGUUUGGAGGCAAAGUAUUCAGCGCUGCAGAUUGUGCAGAAUGUCGACAAAUAUGGCGAUGGUCAGGUACAAUUAUAG